UGCUCACGAGCACCCGUCGACCGAUGAACAUGGGCCCCUACACGUCGAAGAGCGCGAGUGCCGUGCUGGCGAUGUGCCGUAACGCGCUUCUCCUCGUGGUCGCGGUCGUGGCUCUCGGCAGCGCGGACCACGCCGAGAACGGCCUCAAAGUGGAGAAGCUCUACGUUCCCGAGGUAUGCGACGCCAGGUCGAAGAAAGGCGACCAGCUGACCAUGCAUUACACCGGCACGCUGCAGGACGGGAACAAGUUCGAUUCAAGCUUGGACAGAGAUCAACCGUUCACAUUCCAGCUGGGUGUAGGACAGGUCAUCAAAGGCUGGGACCAGGGACUCCUGGACAUGUGCGUGGGCGAGAAGAGGAAGCUGACGAUACCACCCGAGCUUGGAUACGGCGAGAAGGGCGCCGGAAACGUGAUCCCCGGUGGUGCAACUCUUACCUUCGAAGUUGAGCUCAUGAAUAUUAGCGAUUCGCCCCCAACCGCUAACGUCUUUAAGGAGAUCGACGCGGACAAGGACAACCAGUUGUCCCGCGAGGAGGUGAGAGCAAUGGUGAGCGACUACCUGCGGAAACAGGUGUUGGAGGCGGAGCAGGCCGGCGCGGGCGAGAACGAGGACGUGAAGAAGAUGCUGGCCGACCACGACAAGCUCGUCGAGGAGAUUUUCCAGCACGAGGACAAGGACAAGAACGGCUUCAUCUCCCACGACGAGUUCAGUGGGCCGAAGCACGACGAGCUCUGAAGUCUUCGUGCCGCAUCAUCGCGUCUCCGAGCGCCCGUUGUCGGCGUCGUCGCCGACGACGAUGCCGUCGCGCCCCGCGCCACCACGUGUUCACCUCUGUAUAGAAUCGCCUCUUCGAGUCCCCUCCCGGGGAUUCCCGAAGGACUCACCGAUCAAUCGUCCCGAGCACACGCGCGUUCGGACUCGCAACCAGACCGACAGGAUUCACCGGCAGCAGCGAAUCAUCCCGACGACUCGGCAACAUCGACACUUACAAUUCCGCGAGAGGGAUGCGAGCUUCGGGAACCUCCGGCUCGCCCGGUCGCAGCCACCUCCUCGAUCGCCGGAGGCUGCCGGGGGUAGGGGAAAGUAGCAGGCCCGACGAGAGAGAUCGACAACGAAGUCUGCGGAUCUGCGAGGUGAAGCCGAUCAUCGGAGUCGAUCCGAGAAGUAUCUCAUGAGACUGCGGGAACAGAUGGCCCUAAGAACCCUUGAUCUUCCCGAAGCCCCCGGGUGUCCUCCCGGACGGGAGGUGCGUCGGAAUAGGAAAGCCGUGAAAUGACAUCCCGCGGACCCCUUGUUAAACGCACAGCGAGAAGAAGACACGCAGGAGGCAAUCUCGAUCACUUCCGGCGGAUUACUCGCCACCCGCGAACCCUCUCCGACACAACUUGGCACAACUUACCGAAGAACAUCCGCGAAUCUUCUGUCGCCGCUCGAUAACGUUCAGCACGCGCGUCUUUGGUGAUUAAUUAACGUGGGUAACGUACGCAUUUUCGGAGCGACUUUGGAUCACUGUACAGAAAAUCGGAUCUUUUAUCUGGAAAGGUUUCGGUACGAGCAAAAUUUCAAGCUGAAGGAAAAAGUUCGUUUGAUUUCGACGAACCGAUCGCGUUAAGGGUCUACAGGAGGGGCUGCGGAAGUCUCCCGCGGAGGGAACUACGGAUUUGUAUUUUUCGUUUUCAGAUCAAAAUUGAGGAAUAGUUACUUUCUAAUUAUGAUAUUCGUAAUCGGGAAAAUCAUUCGCAGUGCAGUACAGAGCGAUUUUUUUUGGAAAAAAGAUGAGAAUAGAAACAUGAUGAUACAUUUGAAUGAGCGCUCGAACGAAGCUUGGAGCGUAGGACGAGUCGAUAUUUCAAUUUAUUAUACAUUUUUCUAACUGCAAAAUCCUCUAUACGUUAAAUGUAAGUAUUAUAUAAAGUAUAACAAAAAAUGUUUGGUAGGAAAAUAUAAAUUGUACGAAGGGGAAAGCGGAAAAGUGCACGAUUCCACAUAAAGUACUACUCUUGGUAUUGUAUGGACAUACAUCUAUACAUAUCUAUACAUCUAGAUACGGCAUUUGGCGCUUAUGCCACACGAGGCCUGCAAAGUCAAAUUUGGAUUUGCUCUUUUGGUUCCUGUAGACCCUUAAGAUUUCUUAUUGAGGUCGUGAAUUAUACCUACCGUUGUUUCACGUCUCGUUAAUCGUUCCUGACACAUGAUUUGUCCUUCGCGAAAUUUUGGCGGAUAUUCCCAUAGCGGGCGAGCGAGCGACAUUCCGGCGCGACGACUACUGUACAUUUUAAAAUAUGAUAUUCCAAGAAAAGAGAGAUGAAAAAUGCACGAAUGCCUGCUCGAAUGACUGCACCCCUGUGACGCGUGAAGUGAGGCUGUUCCGCGAUAUAUAUAUGAUAUAUAUAUAUAUAUGAAUAUAUAUAUAUGAUAUAUAUAUAUAUGAAAAAAAAAAGAGAGAAAGAAAAAGAGAGAUUGAUGACAGAGCGAGAGGAAGGUGUGAGAUGGUGAGAGUGUUUUUCUACAUGAUUAUAGAUGUUAGCGUAACUCAAAGGCAUCGACGUAUGGUGCUAUAAAAAUCACACGCAUUCUGUCCCGCUCUCAAAAAGCUUCCACCAAUUCCCCUCUCACGAAUCUCCUCGAUCCCCGAAGCCAUAAUGAUUCCCUUGCUCGCGAGUCGCACGAUAUUCACGUCAGGUGACGAGAAGAGGAUGACGAAGAGGAAGAGCGAAAUAUCACGAGGACGCGCAGUGGAGAUGAAUGUGGUCCGCUCUAAAAUGCGAGCCUCCCCUAUUGUCGCUAUCAUUAUUAUUACAUUUUAACUGAUACGUUUUUAUUACUACAUUAUAUUGUAUGUUGUUAAAGUUGGACGAAGGUUAAUUAAUAAAUCGUGUGUCUCGAGCACAGUUUGUUA